AUGGAUCCUUUUAAGUGUGACACUCUUAGUCAUAUACUUGGAGUAAAGAAUAUGGACAGUAAGGAGAAGUAUCUAGGUUCUCCAUUGUUUAUUGGUAAAUCUAAAGUCAAGUCCUUUGAAGAUAUUAACACAACUUUUGAAAGAAGACUUGCAAAUUGGCAAGGUGAAACUAUGUGUCAAGCUGGAAGAGGUACUAUGGUUAAAGUUGUUCUUAAUGCAGUGCUUAUGUAUCAAAUGAGCACAUUAAAAAUACCAAGGAAGUUAAUCAAUAAGUUAGACACUCUUCAAAGGAAAUUUAUUUGGGGGUAUAAAGCUAAUAGAGGCAAAAUAUUUCAAGAAAGAAGAAUUCCUAUUCAAAAAGAUAAGAAUAACUCGAACUGGAUAUGGAGAGGUGUUGAAGUUGGUCUCAAGUUUCUUCAACAGAAUGUUUAUAUGGAGGUUAAUAAUGGGGAAAAAACACGUAUUUGGCUUGAUAACUUGAUUAUUAAUCUGGACAGUAAGCCAAUUCCUUCUUGUCCAAGAUACCUAAAUUAUGAGUGCGUCUCUGAACUUAUAUCUCCUAAUUCUUCUGAAUGA